AAGUGAGCAAAACGCACGUGACGCUCAUCAAUUUAGCGCACUUUGCCUUUGCCAGCGCCACUGCGCUUUUGCUCUUAAUGCGAUCCGGAGAAAGCACGGGGAGAGUGGGUGAAAAUUCUAAAGACAAGAGAAGAGGGAGGGAGCAGGGGGGCACACGGGAAAAUGGGAAAUGGUGCAAAAACGGGGGGAUCCACGAUGGCAAUGGUGAUGAGAAUGCCAUAUGCCGGAGACCGCUUCAGUGCAUCGUUGUGCACAUGCUGUGCACGUCGUCAUCGUCUUCCCCGGCGUUGCAUGUGUAUCUGUGUAUCCACCAAGUAGAGCACCACCGCCCACCACCGUCAGAUGGCGCCACCGGCAGUUGCCCGACGCUCGGCGAUAAUUUCAAGUUGGUAAAUCCACUUUGGCGCACAUGGAUCCGCAUGCACGAGGAGCUUAGUGCUGGACCCGGUGCUUAACUGUAAUUCAAACUGGCUCUGAGGUGGCUAAAAUCGUUCGGUUUGCAUAAUACCAGGUCGCAAGCUUUUAGUUAGCCGACCUCUGAUCGGCCGAAACAACAAAAAAAUGCGUACAAAAUAAUUUAUUUUUAAACAACAGAACAGAUACAAAACGAAAUGUGAUCCGCGUUACACUAAAACACAGAUACACAUUGUAUUAGUAUGCUAUUUACGUGUGUGUUUGUGUGUGUCUGUGCUUCUCAAAUAUACGAAAAUAUUUUUCAAAAAAUAUCUAAAAUGUUUGUUGCUAUUGGAAGUGCUUACGUAUUCGCUAUUUAUAAAAUGACUCACUUGAAUAUUUCAGCAACAAAAAGUAUUUACAUUCUUCAUAUUUUUGUUUUUCAAAAACAAAAUUUCCAUUUUUCAUACGGGUGUGUGUGUUGGGAAAGUGUGUGGGUUGGUUAGGAGAUAUUAAAUAUUUUUAGAGCUUUGAUUGUAAUUGUAUAACCUGUUAAAAAUGGUUAUCAUGGAUGGAUAUUAUUGAUAUACUUUCUUUUUUAAGCUUUAGCUAUAAAUAGUUAUUUUUACCUUUAAAAACAAAUAUUUUUUUCUUAAAACUUACCAUUUUUUGAAAUUUAAACUUGAAGUCUUGCCAGAUUUCGCUCCAUACUUCUUUACAUUCCAUAUGCUUGAUAUUAUACUAUUGAAUGCAAGGAAGCAUGGAACUCUCAAAGGCUCUCUUGAUAUUUUUUCGUCACUUUUUGGAAAACUUUACCAUUAAUUCUAAACUUACCGAUUAGCAUAGCCAUAAUGUCAUUUCUUUACUAAAUAAUGACAAUGGCGGAUGGUAAUUGCAAAGAGCAACCAUCACGGAGGAAACUGAAAAAAAAUGGUGGAACUGC